AUGGCCGAGGGCAGUGGCAAUGAAGAAGUGAUCGAUUUGAACAGUUUCCGGAGCCACCGAGGGAAAGACAGGAUAAACCACAGAGACGAGGAUCUGAUCACCUUCUCGGACUCCUCGGACGAAGACUUGCCAGUGAUGCUGGAGAUUCCUGUUCGCCGGCAGUCGGAAGAGGAGGAAGACGAUGAUGACGCUGUCAUCUUGGUGGAGACUGCAGCCAGUCAGCCUCUGCGCCCCAAUGUGAUCCGGCCAGCCGCUCACUGGCAUGGGGUGAACAGGUUGGGGGAAGGAGACCUCAAAGGCGUCGGGACAGCAGGGCCUCCAGAGGGGCAGAAGAUGGCCACUUCCCCGCGGCUGCGUCCCGUCCGCCGAAAUGGCGUGAAGGCAAGCGGCGUGGCGCUGGCCAGGCGAGAGAGUGGGGACGAGGUCUUGGAGCUGCCGGAGUCCCCGGAGCCCCCCCGGCCGAAGGAAGAGGAUGGGACCUUUCCUGAGCCGGGCCCCAGCGUGGCUCGGACGAGAGCUGCGAGACGUGCCGGUGCGAAGGAGGUCAUUAAUGUGGAGGAAGUGGUCCUGGUAGAUGACCAGGAAGGACGGGACCAGAGGGAUGGGGUGCCAGACCUCGGGGGGACCGGCCGAUGCAUCCGGGAGAACGCGCGGCUGGACCACCCGUACUUCCAGCCGGCGGACAAGGAGGCCUGUUCCGUAGGCGGCCGCCUUUCUCCCCGGCCAGUGCAGUUGGAAGUUGAACUGGGGCUGCUACCCCGGGCGUACCAGGAGGAGAUCCCUGGGCCCGCCUUCCCGCGGCCCGAACCGCAGCAGGACGGCAUCCCAGGCCCUGCCUCGCCGCGGCUGGCUCACCUGCCAGAGGAAAAGGGAGGGCACCCUGCGGCGAUGAAUGAACAGGCCGGCCCAGCGUUUCCUGUCCAAGGGUCACUCGAGCUGGGUGCCGGCGACAUGCUCAAGCAGGUCACUCCGUGGCUGAACAAAGACCUCUCUGCUCUGCUCAUCAGGGAAACGGAAGCGAGGUUUCCGGAUAUAACAAGAGAAUACAUCGAGGAGCUGAUACAAAGCAAGAACUACUGUGACUUGAACAUCCUUUGUAAUUUUCUUCUGGAGAAUCCAGAUUAUCCAAAGAAGGAAGGCAGAGUGGUUUUAAAUCCCAACAGCAGCCUCCUCUCCAGCCAAGAGGAGACCAAGGUGCCUAAAGUCGACUACUUUAACUUCUCCAAGCUUGCCCCGCUGGACCAGCGUUGCUUCGUCCAAGCUGCCGAUCUCCUCAUGGCCGACUUCAAGAUGCUGAGCAGCCAGGACAUCAAGUGGGCGCUGCACGAGCUGAAAGGACACUAUGCAAUCACCCGCAAGGCCUUUUCCGACGCCAUCAAGAAAUGGCAGGAGCUGUCCCGCGAAGUCAGCGGGAAGCGGAAGAAGAGGAAAGAGAUGAACCAGUACUCCUACAUUGACUUCAAAUUCGAGCAAGGCGACACGAAGAUAGAGAAGCGCAUGUUCUUCUUGGAGAACAAGAGGCGGCACUGGAGGAGCUACGACCAGCUCGCCCUCCUGCCGGCGGUGCAGCUCGAGCAAGAGUUUUACGAGCAGAAGGUGAAAGAAAUGGCCGAGCACGCGGACUUCCUCCUUGCCCUGCAGAUGAAUGAGGAGCAGUAUCAAAAAGACGGCCAGAUGAUUGAGUGCCGGUGCUGCUACGGGGAGUUUGCCUUCGAGGAGCUGACGCAGUGUGCCGACGGCCACUUGUUCUGCAAAGAGUGCCUGAUCAAGUAUGCGCAGGAGGCCGUCUUCGGCUCGGGGAAGUCGGAGCUCAGUUGCAUGGAAGGGAGCUGCACGUGCUCGUUCCCGACCAGCGAGCUUGAGAAGGUCCUUCCCGAGGAUAUCCUUCGCAAAUACUACGAGCGGAAAGCUGAAGAGGAAGUGGCCGCUGCCUGUGCUGAUGAGCUCGUCAGGUGUCCCUACUGCAACUUCCCGGCCCUGCUGGACAAGGAGGUGAAGCGGUUCAGCUGCCCCAACCCUCGCUGCCGAAAGGAAACCUGCAGGAAGUGCCAGGGGCUGUGGAAGGAACACAUGAACCUGACCUGUGAGCAGCUGGCUGAGAAGGACGACAUAAAAUACAGGACGUCGAUAGAAGAGAAGAUGACUGCGGCCCGAAUCAGGAAGUGCCACAAAUGCGCGACCGGCUUGAUCAAGUCGGAGGGUUGCAACCGCAUGUCUUGCCGCUGCGGGGCCCAAAUGUGCUACCUCUGCCGAGCCGCCAUCAACGGGUACGACCACUUCUGCCAGCACCCCCGCUCCCCGGGGGCCCCCUGCCAGGACUGCGCCAAGUGUUCCCUCUGGACAGACCCCACGGAAGACGACGAGAAGAUUAUCCAGGAGAUUCAGAAAGAGGCGGAAGAGGAGCAGAAGCGGAAGAACGGAGAAAACAGUUUCAAGCGCAUCGGCCCCCCAGUGGAGGAGAUCGCCGAGAAAACCCCUCGCCUCGAAGGCAUCCCCAGGCCGGUCCCCCAGAACCUCCACCACCAGCCCCAGAUGCCCCCGUACCCCUUCGUGCACCCUCCCUUCCACCUGCCCCCCGUCCGCCCGCUGUACAACAACCUCCCCCUGAACAUUGGCCCCAUCCCUGCCCCCUAUGUGCCGCCACUGCCCAACAUGCGGGUGAACUACGAGUUCCCCCAGAUGAACAUGCCGCUGGAACACAACCUUCCUAUGCACUUCGGGCCGCAGCCGCGGCAUCGGUUCUGACCCGGCUUGGGGCAGCGCCUCGUACUUUGACAGUCACUGCAGGGAAAAGUCAGCACUGGGAGGUG